AUGGUAACAUUAAGUAGGCAAACGCCUAAAUUGUUAAAGAGCAUUGGCGGAAAGCGACAUGCGGGUGAGGAGGACCACGAAGAACCGGCUCCCAAGAGACGAGCGAACGGCGACACUUCCCCAAUAAAGAAUCCAGGAGAAACCGAUAUCAACGCCGAACCUCUGUCGACCGACGACGAAUCGCACCCUUCCCCACGGCGGCCAGCCAAGCCCUCGCAACCAGAUAUACCUACAUCAAACAGUGCUGAGAUUCUAGGUCUAAGGAGACCUCAGAGGAAGCCCGGUGGGAAGAACAAGCUUGAAGCAAUACGUCCACCCGCAAGAGGGGCCUAUCAGAAUGGUCAAGCGCAUAAAACGACAAGAGGGCUCAACGAGAGUAAAGAAAGUACCCCUGCGUCCUCUGCAAAAUCAGCCAGCGAUGGCCCAAUCGAGUGGAGUAUGGAACAUCUUUCUCAGAAGAACAACAAGAAUGGCAAAGGUUAUGGUUCCAAGACCAAGAACAUACAUGCACCACCCGUGAAGAAGUUCGGCAAAACAGCGUCCGGGAGUACUGCGCAAACCAAUCGAAUAAAGAACAACCCGCAGAAAGGCACAUCACAAGCCGAUGCUCAGAGUGACGGAAAUAUCUCUGGUAUAGACGAUGUAGAGCUCUUUGCGCUCCCGGAAGACAGUGACAGACAACAAAAGAUGAAUGAUCUAGGACUACGUAAAGUGGAAAAGAAAGUGAAGGGCACAAAAGGCGCAAGCGGCAGCGCUACGCCUACCGCGUUCGACGACGACGAGUUGGACAGAGAACUAGGAAUCAAAUCGAAGAGCCCAACGUCGCUGAAAGCAGAGAAGGCCGCCAGAACCGCCCACCUUAUGAACCAGCUUAGCAGUUGGAAGGAAAAUCAAGGACCAUCGUCCUCGCAACCAGAUUCCAGCGCACCACAAGAGGCCCUUGACGACAUUGAUAGCUACAUGAGCAAACUUCCGCAAGUAGAAGAGGAGGGCUCGCGAUGCUUGUUAUGUUCGAAGUCCGUCGAGCAGGAGGACUACUGGGACUUCUGGAAAGGCAAGGAGAAGACGGUCAAGAACAAAUCUGCGUUCUGCCAUACACACAAGAAGAAGUCAGCACAGAAGGAAUACACGCAAAAGGGGUACCCUGACAUCGACUGGAAAGCGCUUCCUAGGCGAAUACGUAGAUAUAAGACGACUCUAUCGCAGAUACUCAACAACAGCCAGUCUAGUAUACACAGAGACCGUUACGAGCCAUUGGCGCUGACUGGGAAAGCAGCUGCCGUACCCUCGCGGCGAACAGAUCUAGCGGAAGAUGUUCAGGAGGAACUGGAAUCAUAUGCUCUUGACGAGAAAGCCGCGUACCCAGGUUACUAUGGUUCUCACGGUCGUCGCGUCAUCACAGAGAGCGUGAUGGAUACUCUGAAGGUCGACAUCAAGAAUUGCAAAGAUCGCGUUGUGCAAGCAUCUGGUAUCGCGGCCUUUGUACAGGCUGUGAUGGUUCCAGAGGCGGCUAUACUGUUGAUCAUGGAUGACUGUGCUGUCGACAGGGAGGAGGCGGAUAAGAUUAGGGAGAAGACGUGUGAUAUGGGUCUCCUGUUGAAUGAGGAGAUUGAGGACGAGCUGGAAAGGCAAGACGACAGCGAUGACGAGAACGAGUACCAGUAUAAGUGA